CUCCCAAACAAUGGGUAGAACGGAACCGCUGAUCGUAAAGUACAAAAACAGAUGGUACGAUUUAACCGCCUUUGCGCACAAACAUCCCGGUGGGAAAAAUUCGCUCACCGGUCUGCACAACAAGGACAUGGAUGAACGGUUCGAUCGAGCCCCAGGACACUCGCAAGCAGCCAAAUAUCUGAUGAAGGAAUACCAAAUAAAUCAGUCAGAUACCAGCCCAGAAGUUAAACAGCAAAACGGCUACUCUCUCAAUGGUGCCAAAGCAGCCGCGAACGGUACGGUGAAGAAUGGGUACAAAAAUGGAGUCAAACCGACGAGCAACGGAUUACACACGAAACAAGCGUCCACCAUCGGGAACGGCGAUGUAACGCACCUUACAGACGAUAGUAUGGAGUACCUGGUAGACUGGAACAAACCGAUGGUAUUCCAGAUUCACAAAAUGGGGGAUAAAUAUGGCGAAUGGGUGAACAAACCUGUCGAUCGAGAGUUACGCCUGUUUGGACCAGCGUGGGUUGAAAACAUGACCAAAACGCCAUGGUGGAUUGUGCCCGCCUUUUGGAUACCUGCCAUCAGCUACCUAAUCGUACAGUUUGGAGCGCCCGAUCUGGCCGCCGCACGUGGUUGGAGGGAUCCGAAGCAAUCGUUCCUAACGAUUGAUCUGUACCUGCAUCUAGUCAUCGGUGCACUCGCCUGGACGCUGCUCGAGUAUUCCCUGCACCGGUGGGUUUUCCAUCUCGAUCCGAAAACCAAUCGGUUUCUGCAGACGUUCCACUUCCUGAUACACGGUCAGCAUCAUAAGGUUCCGUUCGAUUCGUACCGGCUAGUGUUUCCGGUGCCACCCGCCAUACUGCUGACGACCAUAUUCUACCAGCCAGUGUACUAUGUGUUUCCGUAUCCGAGGCUUACGCUCGCCGGUGGUUUGAUAGGAUAUCUCAUAUACGAUAUGAUACAUUACUAUCUCCACUAUGGAAGCCCAUCCGGAGGCCAUUUGUAUCACAUGAAGCGGUAUCAUUAUUCCCACCACUUUGUGCAUCACGACCAAGGUUACGGUAUAAGCAGCGAUUUCUGGGACAAACUAUUCGGGACGCGCAUCAUACUAAGAAAGCUUAAGUAUCUGCUAAAGUGGUAAAGCGAUACCGGCACAAAAAAAAC